AGCAGCAGGAUUUAUCCUGCCACAACAGAGGCACACAAAGCCAACUAAUAUUUGUUACUGGUGUAGAGUAACUACUGGUCCAGAAAAUGGAGAAAUAAAGACAGAAAAGGUAGAAAAAGGAGAGAAUGUUGUGAAGAGGGACUAAAGGGCAUAGAAAUUAUUGGUGGAGGAGGAGAGGAAGGAACCUUCAAAGACUGGUGACAGGUGAGAAAACAAAGUGAAAGGGUGAGUGAGACAGGUGGAGCGGGAGCUGAAGAGAGACAGACAGAGUGGGAGUGAGAGAGAGAAAGCAAAUGUGUGGCACCACAUUCCUCUCAGAUCCCUGAAGGUCUGCUGUCGGCGAAGGAGCUGCCCUGCUGAGGAAAAAACGGAUACAGGAAGGAAGAGAAAAGAGCAGAACAUCCAAAUAUCGGAUAUAGAACAAAUAUCAGAGAGAGAGGGAAGGGGAGAGGGGAGAAAGAGGGGGAAACUGGGGCACAAGCACAUUAGUAACACGCAUUAGCAUCGUCAGGCAGGAGGAAGAGGGAGGAGAUGAAGAACGAGGAGAGAAGAAGAAGAAGUGACAAGACAGGAAAAAGUGCUGAUGGCAGAAGUGUGAUGGUGCACCGUGCCAGGACCUGAGAGAGACCCCCCUUCCCUCCCCUCCCUCCCCUUGUUUCCUCCUUCCUCUCUGCCCCUCUGUCUCCUUAUCUGUUCUCUGACCCUGUCUCCUCCUCCUUCACCCUCCUCUCCCCUCUCUCACACGCUACUGCUCGCUCGCUCUCUCUUCCCACAGUCAGACCAGGGAGAGCGCAGCGCCUGGGUCGCAUCUCCAUCUCUCUCUGUCUGUUUUCGCUCCUCUGCCAUUUCUCUGCACUCUCUCCACCUCCUCUAAUUGUCAUUCUGCAGCUGAAACCCUGUCAGAAAAUACCCGAGCUCGGCAGGACACAGGAGAAGAGAAGACCGGCGGGGGAAUGAAUUGGGGAUCCCUCAAAGAACUGAGGAGUCUUUGUUCUUUUCAAUCUUUUGAUGAUUGACCCAUUCUGCUAUUUCUAUUCUACAAGGAACGACUUAAAAUGGAAGACUUAAUGUGAGAGCAAAAAACAGAGGAAAAGCUUUUGCAGCUGUAUUUUGCUUCACAGAACAAAGUGAUGCUCUGACGUGAGGAACUGAAGACAUAAUCUGUUUCCAAGCAAAGAGGAAAAAGAACUUCAAAAAGAAACAGGAGAAUCUGAACACACACUUUUACUAAAAGAGGACAAGAAGCUGAAUAAAGAUAUUUUAAAAACACUCUCUUCGAGACUUCAGGCUUCCCUCACUGGCUGUUUCCACUCCCUCAGUACUUUUUCCUCCGUGUUUUUUCGGGCUCUGCUCCCUCGCCUGAAGCUCAGCCAUGCAGGUGUCCAUCGCCUGUACGGACCACAACCUGAAGAGGGGUAAUGGGGACCACAGCAAGCAGAGCGCCACCAGCCCCAACGUGGUGAACCAAGCCAGGGCCAAGUUCCGCACCGUGGCCAUCAUUGCUCGCAGCUUCGGCUCCUUCACCCCACGCCACAUCUCACUCAAGGAGUCAACGGGGAAACACACGGGCAUGAAGUACAGGAAUCUGGGAAAGUCAGGACUCAGAGUAUCUUGCUUAGGACUGGGUACAUGGGUGACAUUUGGAGGACAGAUAACAGAUGAGGUUGCAGAGCAGCUAAUGACCAUUGCAUAUGAGAGCGGAGUCAACCUGUUCGACACAGCUGAGGUCUACGCGGGCGGCAGGGCCGAAAUCAUUCUAGGAAACAUUAUCAAGAAGAAGUGCUGGAGGCGAUCCAGCUUGGUCAUUACAACCAAACUCUACUGGGGAGGAAAAGCAGAGACAGAAAGAGGACUGUCAAGGAAACACAUUAUCGAAGGUCUGAAAGGCUCUUUACAAAGGAUGCAGUUGGAGUAUGUGGAUGUAGUUUUUGCCAACCGCCCAGACAGCAAUACUCCCAUGGAGGAGAUCGUUCGGGCCAUGACCUAUGUGAUCAACCAAGGCAUGGCAAUGUACUGGGGGACGUCUCGGUGGACGGCCAUGGAGAUCAUGGAGGCGUAUUCAGUGGCAAGACAGUUUAAUUUGAUUCCUCCAGUCUGUGAGCAGGCAGAGUAUCAUCUCUUCCAGAGGGAGAAAGUAGAAGUGCAGCUGCCCGAACUGUACCACAAGAUAGGAGUUGGGGCGAUGACGUGGUCACCGCUUGCGUGUGGCAUCAUCACAGGAAAAUAUGAAAAUGGCAUUCCUGAGUCCUCCAGGGCCUCCAUGAAGUCGUAUCAGUGGCUAAAGGAGAAAAUAGUAAGUGAGGAUGGAAGGAAGCAGCAGGCCAAGCUGAAAGAGCUGAACCACAUCGCAGAAAAGCUGGGCUGCACUCUGCCUCAACUGGCUGUGGCAUGGUGUCUAAGAAAUGAAGGAGUGAGCUCAGUCCUUCUGGGAACAUCCAACCCAGAACAGCUCACAGAGAACCUCGGGGCCAUACAGGUCCUUCCUAAGAUGACCUCCCAUGUGGUUUCUGAAAUAGAUCACAUCCUGGGCAACAGGCCGUACAGUAAGAAGGACUACCGAUCCUAGACCAGGUUGCUUGACUACCAAGAGGUCAGCUGUACCUACCUACUUAACCAUUCUGCUACUAUGGACCCACCCUGCAAUGUCAAAAGUCCAUGGUUCUCUCCUUGGGCCCCACUCAGCUCCAGAUCCAGCUCCAGCCCACCUCAGCCUGGAACAGACAGCUUUGCAUCUCUGUUUGAGACUCGUCCUGCUCAGAUCAGCUCCACCAGGUUCAUCUCAGGUGCAGUCCGGCUCAGCCAAGAAACGCUUAUCAAGCUCAGCUUUUUUGCAGCCUCAAACGCAACUUAAUCCAUUUGAGUAAAUUGAAACUUUGUGCCGCCCCACCAGCGUGUUCGCCUGUUCAGCACCGGCCCGUUCAGAUAUUACUAUGCAGAGAUUAGUUUAGCACAAGUUCAGAACCAGUGCCAUGCAGACGUCAUUUAGAGCACUCGGCCUCAGUUCAACCCCAUCCAGGAGCCUCAUUUAUAAAUUAAAUUAAUGAAGUCAAUAUUUCAACUUAAGUUAAAUGGUGAGGUACGCAGAUACAGCCCCUCGUUUUUAGAGAUAUCCAACUUCACACUCACUCACAGUUGGUGGAUGAGCACAGGAAAGAACUGCAAGAAUAGUAAAGUGCCUUGCUCAAGGGCAUCUUGAUAGUAGUUGGCGAGCGAGACAGCUCAGUUACUUAUUCACUUUCCCACACCCACAUCCUCCCAGCUCAGCCGAUGACUCAGACCCUCGAGUCUCAAGCUUUCCACUCUAAUGUCCAGACUUCCACCUACGAGUAAUUUAAUUUGAGCACAAAAUUCCUGUUGAGCAUAUAUUUUAUUUAUGAGAGUUACUGUACCAUAGCUGAAUACGUCAAUGCAAGCACCUUAGACUUGUAAAUUAGAGGUACCUCAGGAAAGUGGACAUGAAGAAGCUUCAGUUGCAUGAACACCCCCAGUCAGUCAGUCAGUCAGUGCUUUCAUUAAAUUGCUAUGCAGUGCAGCAAACAAAAAUGACCAUCAUGGGAUAAAAUGUCUUGGAUGUUUUCCCAUGAAAUGUGACCUGCGCAUAAUUCCUGAAAACAGAGCUUUAUGAAUGAGGCCUCAACAAACUAGUUCCAUAUUAGCUUGAAUUAGCUGCUUUCAACUAACUACCAAAUGUAUCCAGCCCUGUAUUUAGUUUAGUACAGAAUAGUAUUCAGUAGAUAUUAUAGGCUGCAAAUCCUGAGCAUAUUAACCAACAGAUGCAUGUUUCCCCUGCUAUAGUGUGCCUAUCUUCUCUUUCCUACAAAGCACAUGAUCAAAAAUACUACAAGCUUGUAUACUGUCUGUGAGCCCCUGUGAAGCAGAGGAUUGUGGGACAAGAGUCAGUAGGAUUGGGACACCGAAAGGAGAGAGAGCAAAGCAUGUCGCCCCCAUGUGGUCUUUUCGGGCAAGUGCACCUCUGCUUCACUAGAUCACAGAAGAGGGAAAUAACAAAAAAAAAAGUGGACUACUUCUCUCUAAGUUUGCAUUCAUUACGGACUCGUCCUCUUUCUUGCCCGUGAACUGAACCUGCAUUGCUGAUUGCCUCAAUGAACCUUACAGAUAUGGACUUCACCAUAUUAUAAAUCUAUGUAAUAAAAGGAUGACUGACCUCCUGGCGGUCAUGGUUAUGAUAACUGCAAAACCGCUUGUUAAGGGCACAAUGUGGCAUAUAGGCAAAGGUAUUUGGGAAGUGGCAAAGAUUACAGUAUUUAUUGUAGAGUAGUUGACAAAUAUGAAAUUUAUUUUGACAUUUUGAGAUAUUGUUUUUUUUGUUUGAAGAUGUUACGUGUACAUAAAAUGUUAUGGCAUACCUUGUAACAUAAGCAAAACCACGAAGAAGCCUCUCUUGCAUAUGAGGACUCCACUGUACUGUAUGGCUAAUAUAUAAAUAAGAUGUAAAUAGAGUUA